UAGUCCCAAACGUUAAAAGCUUAUCUAGCUUUCACUAUGGUCAGUACUCAUUGGUAGAGUUUAUAAAAGGGAGAAAGAUAGAGAAACUUGUGUCUUUUGCUGUUAUAUGAGUCAUAUUAUACUGCAUAAGUGGAGUAUUGAUGAAGACUAAGGUUUGUGUACAGUUUCUUCUCUAAUGAGUAAUGUGGAGUAGUCUUAAAGCUUGAGGGUCUUACCCAUUAGAUUAUCCUUACCAGUUUUCAUGUCCUUUUCAUCCUAGUGUAGCAGUAGCAGUAUUUCAACUUUCAUUUCUUAUUCUGAUUUUGAUAGUUAAAAUUCCCCAAGAAAAUGGAGUAAAUAUAUAAGUGACCCCACUAUACAAAAGUUGGCAAAAUUUAGAUUCCCACUUCCACUUGUGAUGACUGAUGAGCUUCUUCCUUCCAAUUUCCAAUUUCCAAUUUCCAAUUUCCAUUCCAGUUUUUUGGUACUCAGAUUUGAUUCUUUUCUCCAGAAUCUUUGAUGAAGCUGACAUGUUGAUGUUUUUAGCAAUUCCCCAAUAACAAAGCCUUUUCUUACUUUGGAGAAAUUUGCUCUAGAAAUAUCCUAUUUUUGGGUAAACAUGGUUUCACAAGAAACAGAAAGAAAUCCUACUUGUUCAAGUAGUCUACACCAUUUCAUAAUUUCAUCAUCAAAUCUCAUUUCUUCUCAAACCCAUUUUGAUAACCCACAUUAUGAUGCAUUUGUAUCUGAUAUUAACAUAAGACCAUUUUCAGAUCAUCAAAGUCUUGGUAAUACCCAAUUUCCUACAAUUCAGUCUCUUGGUGAGAGAAUGUCAAGAUCAAUAAACCUUGUUCAUGAUCCAUCCUCAGUAGUUUCUCCUGAUGAUGAAUCUGAUAUGGGUCAUACCAGGCAUCUCAUGGACCUUCUUGGAGCUCCAAAUGAGCAGACACAUGGUGAAAAUAGGCUCUCACUUUCACUUGGUUCUCAAGUAGGAGUACUUCAUACACCUCAAUUUAGGCAAACUCCUCUCAUGCACCAACCUUAUAAUAACUUGGUUGAUCAACAUAAUUGUAACCCUGGAGAUUAUUCUUUCAUGGGAAAUUCCUCUUCUUCAGCAUUUUCAAUCAGUAAUUCAAUUUAUUUGAAGCCCACUAAAUCGGUUCUCGAAGAAGUUAUUGAUCUUGGUAGCAAAGACAUCGAUUUAAGUGACGUAAAGCGGUUGUUUAUGAGUAGCAGAGGUCUCUGUGCUGAACUAAGAGCUGAAUUAUUGGGUAAUAGCUUUGUAUCUGCUAAUAAACAUGAUCUUCAAAUUACACUAUCUAAGCUAAUUACUUUGUUGGAACAGGUUGAAGGGAGAUAUGAUGAGUAUUAUCAGAGGAUGGAAGAUUUAAUAUCAUCAUUUGAAGUGAUAGCAGGAGAAGGGGCAUCAAAAUGUUAUACUGCAUUAGCCUUGCAAGCAAUGUCUAGGCAUUUUUGUAGUCUAAGAGAUGCCAUAGUUACCCAAAUUAAGGUUGCUAGGAAGAAAUUAUCACCCGACUUGCCUAAAAUUGGAAGUGCUUUAACCCAUCUAACUUUGUUUGAUAGAGAGAAUACCAACACUAGGAUGUCGCUUCAACAGAUCGGCCUCAUCCAAGGAACCCAUCGACCAGCAUGGCGGCCUAUUCGAGGCCUCCCUGAGACCUCAGUGGCCAUUUUGCGCGCUUGGCUCUUUGAGCAUUUCCUUCAUCCAUAUCCAAAUGACUCUGAGAAGCUGAGUUUAGCAUCACAAACUGGACUUACAAAGAAUCAGGUUUCAAAUUGGUUUAUAAAUGCGAGGGUAAGAUUAUGGAAGCCAAUGAUUGAAGAAAUGUACAAAGAAGAAUUUGGGGAUUCUUCAGUAGAUUCUUCAGGGGAAGGCCAUGCUAAUUGCUAAAACAUUAAGUUUUAGUAGACAUAUUAGUGCAUUAGAAGCAUUAGUUUAGAUGAAAAUGAUCUCUCUAGUUUUAGUUUUGUAAUUGAUCUUAGCAUCAAAUAUUAGUAGCCGCCAAAUGUUUUCUAAUUCUACUUUGAAAAAGUCUGCUAAGAUUUAAUAGUGGGGUUAUGUUAUGUUGCACUUGAGACUUGACAUCCUAUUCAUUCUAUUCCUAAGCAUUAAUGCUC